CACAAGCUUCUGUAGAUUGAAGUCAAGUACUCCCUGCAUUUGAAUUUCAAUCAUGUCUCCCACUAUGCUGCAACAAGCUGAUGCCCAUCGCCUUUCAUUAUCAGAGCCCAAAAAUGGUGCCUUCACCUACACUGAUCCGCUUUCAGAGGUUCCAACACUCUCUGGUGUUGAUGCAUCAGUUGAUGGCUCUACCCCUAUCAUCGACAUGGAAGGUCUUCUCGGUCCUCAGCGUUCUGAGUUCGUCAGACAGAUUGGCCAUGCAUGCGAGAACAACGGCUUUUUUGCGGUCAAAAACCAUGGAAUUCCAAAAAUGAAGAUCAACAACAUGCUAGACACGGCAAGAGAUUUCUUCCACUUGCCAGAAGAAGAAAGGCUGAAAUUUCGCUCAUCUGACCCUAACAGUAUCAUCAGGCUGGUUACCGGUUUUCAAGAUAAGACCCGGAAUAUCUUUGUUUCAAGACAAUCUUUGAAAUUUCACUGUCACCCGGUCGAAGAUUUCAAGAACCAAUGGCCUUCGACUCCUCCUUCUUUCAGGGAAAAGGUUGGUGAAUAUUGUGCAAGUGUUAGAAAGGUGGAGGUAGCAAUACUUGAGGCCAUAUCAGAGAGCUUAGGCCUGGAAAGAGAUUAUAUAGGCAAAAUAUUGAAAGGACAUUAUGUAUCCAUCAAUUUCUAUCCAGCUUGUCAGGAGUCAGAACUAGAUGUCACUUACGGAGUCAGGACUCAUACUGACCCAACUUUAAUCACUAUUCUGAUGCAAGAUGAUGUGCCUGGACUUCAGGUUAUUAACGAUGAUAAGUGGAUUGAUGUUAAUCCUAUUCCCAAUGCCGUCGUUGUCCAUGUUGGAGAUAUGUUGCAGGCACUUAGCAAUUGUCGAUACAAGAGUUUGCUUCAUCAAGCUAUAGUGAAUUGUGAGAAAGAGCGUGUAUCCAUUGCUAGUUAUUGCUAUCCAUCAGAUGAUGCGGAGAUAGGACCAGCUAAGAAGUUGAUAGACGAUGAUCAUCCAGCAAUAUAUAAAGAUUUUACGUACAAAGAAUUUCAUGAAUCCAUGUGGCGAGUAAAAUGCUCAACUGCUAAGCGUUUGGACUUGUUCAAGGCAGACAGUGAUUAGUAACCAUUUUCCUCUAGUCCUGCUACUGGGAAGCUCGAGA